CCGAUUGAUUCCGUUUAGUAUCGGAGGACUCGUAUUGACUUAUGACUGACUGCUGAGAGAUAGAUUCCCCAAUAGAAAGAAAGAAAGAAAGAAAUUGACAAUUAGACAGUACAGUGUAGGCUUCUUCCUCCGAAGUUUUUCAAUAUAGAGGAAAGCUGAAUAAAACUCCUUAUCCGUCUCGCUAAUUGCAUGCCCUGAAGAUUAAUCAUUUCGUAGGCCAAAAUCGAAGUGUUGAUUUCACGUUAUCGGUGCUUUGUUGCAUAUGGCUAACAACGGUGGAGAAUCAAGUGGGAAGAAUGCAGGAUUCCCUCACGUGGUCCUCAAUGAAAGAAUUCUUUCGUCGAUGUCACGGAGAUCAGUGGCUGCUCAUCCCUGGCAUGACUUAGAGAUUGGACCUGGUGCUCCUUCGGUUUUCAACUGUGUGGUUGAAAUUAGCAAAGGCAGCAAGGUUAAAUACGAGCUUGACAAGACAACUGGCCUCAUAAAAGUUGAUCGUAUUCUUUACUCAUCGGUUGUUUAUCCACACAACUAUGGUUUUAUCCCACGAACCAUUUGUGAGGACAGUGAUCCUAUGGAUGUCCUGGUACUGAUGCAGGAGCCUGUACUGCCUGGUUCUUUCCUUCGAGCCCGGGCUAUUGGAUUAAUGCCUAUGAUUGAUCAGGGUGAAAAGGAUGACAAAAUUAUUGCAGUAUGUGCUGAUGAUCCUGAGUUCCGCCAUUACAAGGACAUCAAAGAUCUUCCUCCUCACCGUCUUGCAGAAAUCCGCCGAUUCUUUGAGGACUACAAAAAGAAUGAAAACAAGAAAGUCGAUGUCGAGGACUUCUUACCUGCUGAAUCUGCCAUUGAUGCUAUCAAAUACUCCAUGGACCUCUAUGCAUCUUACAUCGUGGAGAGCUUGAGGCAAUAACUUGCAGACACCACUUACCAUGUCAAUGACGAAGACUCGUAGUUAAUAGUAACGAGGCUGACAGACUUCUUGCUUUAUGCCUCACUGCACAAGUUUUAAAUACUUGAAUGCAUUCGAAUGACAUCAAGUAUAAAAUAGACCUUGUUCUUGUAUUUCGUAUCCUUUUCCUUUUUCUGUAGAAUCCCAUGUACCUGUUGAUGCUGCUGUUGGAAACUUAAAGAAUUUUAAUAUGGGUUUCGAAAUAUUACAAAAUUGUCAUAUUCCAUAAAUUCAUGUGACACGAAUUCAGUGUCAUGUUUUAUGCCCAAA